ACGGCGUGCGUAGCUUUUCGUGCUAACACUAUGCCUGCAUUAUGCUGCACGCCGUGCCGGCACGCUGUGUUAUCUGGGUAUUGGAGCAAACUCUUAUAAAAGUACUUUAUAUUGUCGUUUUGAUGGGCGAGAAGUGGGGGUCGAACAGUCUAUAGUGUGUCUAAUCCAAUCUAAACGAAUUCAGCGUGAGGUUAUGGAGUUUAAAUAAAAUUAUUUACUAUAGUUUUUUAUUAGGAUUGCUUUAUUUGUUUUAAUAUUUGUAAACAAAAAUAUGGAUAUAGGAGAACUUUUGUCCUAUAAGCCUCCAAAUACCCCAAAACGAUCAGCACCAGAUGAAGAAGAUGAAGAAGAUGAGUGGGAUACAAAUAGAAGAAAACUUAUUAAAACUCCAUACGUUCCAAGACAAAGGCAUAGUUUGAAAUCUACCCCAUUGCGAGGCACACCUGUGCCUUCUACUCCAAUAAGAGUAGACUCUACUCCAGUAAGAAGUGAACCACCAACACCACUUCGUGCAGCACUUCCAGCACCAGAAAAUGAUGUGAUUGAACCAGAAUUGACACAAGAGCAAAAAGAAAACAUCAUUAAGCUUGUUGAGUCUGAAGCUGCAGAAAUAGAACCUUUAGAUGAAACAAAUUUGAAGAGAAUGAUUUUACUAUUUGAAAAGAGAGCACUCAGGAACCAAGAAAUGCGAGUAAAAUUUCCAGAUCAACCUGAUAAAUUUAUGGAAUCUGAAUUAGAACUACAUGAUGUCUUACAAGAAUUACAUGCAGUAGCUACUAAUCCUGAAUUAUAUCCACAAAUGGUUGAGCUGAGUGUGGUGCCAUCCUUAUUAGAGUUAUUAGCACAUGAGAAUACAGAUAUAUCAGUGAGGGUUGUUGAUUUAUUACAAGAACUCACAGAACCAGAUGUUUACAAUGAAGCCCCGGAUGAAGCUGAUGUAUUAAUAGAUGCACUGUUAAACCAACAAGUAUUUGCACUUCUUGUGCAAAAUUUGGAAAGACUUGAUGAAACCAUUAGUGAUGAAAGUAGUGGAGUUUUUAAUACACUGUCUAUAUUUGAAAAUUUAUUGGAAAUAAAACCAGAAAUAUGUGUAGAUGCUGGUAAACAAGGUUUGAUAACAUGGCUUUUGAAAAGAGUAAAGGUAAAAGGUCCUUUUGACAGUAAUAAGUUGUAUGCAACUGAAAUUCUCUCUAUUCUUCUUCAAAACACAUCUGAAAAUAAGUUACUUCUCGGAGACCUUGAUGGAAUUGAUGUUCUUCUUCAACAGCUGGCUUAUUACAAAAGACAUGACCCACAAACUCCGGAAGAACAUGAGUUGAUGGAGAAUCUUUUCAAUAUUUUAUGCUCCAGUUUAAUGGAAACUGUAAAUAAAGAACGAUUUUUAAAAGGAGAAGGACUUCAACUGAUGAAUCUUAUGUUGCGAGAAAAGAAAAUUUCAAGAAAUGGUUCUCUGAAGGUCCUUGAUUAUGCAAUGAAUGGAGUAGAUGGUAAAGAUAAUUGUAGCAAAUUUGUAGAUAUUCUAGGUCUUCGAACUAUAUUUCCAUUAUUUAUGAAAACCCCAAAGAAAAAUAGAAAAAAGAUCGUUACUGCUGAAGAGCAUGAAGAACACGUCGUUUCAAUCAUAGCUAGUAUGUUAAGAAAUUGCAAAGGUCAACAACGACAACGAUUAUUAAAUAAAUUUACUGAAAAUGAUUAUGAAAAAGUUGAUAGAUUAAUGGAACUUCAUUUUAAAUAUCUUGAAAAAGUGGAAGAAGUAGAGAAAAAUGCUAAGGAUGAAGACAACGAAGAAGAGGCGUUAAUAAACAGACUCAAUGGCGGGUUAUUUACUUUGCAAUUAGUAGAUUAUAUUUUACUUGAGGCCUGUAUUGGAUGUCCAGCAGCUGUAAAACAGAGAGUAACGAAAAUUCUCACUCAAAGAAGAGCUUCACUAAAAACUAUCCGAAAUAUUGUCAGAGAAUAUGCAGGCAAUUUGGGCGAUAAUGGUGAUGUUGAGUGGAAAGAAGCUCAACAACAGCAUAUACUUCAACUCAUUGAUAAAUUUUAAGUUUGUUUUAUUAAGUAAAACAUAUCAUUAUUUUUAAUCGCCAAUUUUGUCAGCUAAUUAUAAAUUAUCGUGAAAUUAUUACUCUAAGAGUGUGAAACCAACGUUCGUUCACUUAAUGUGUAUGUUCGUCGUCAAAUUAAUAAUUAUGUACAAAUUCUCCCGUCGUAUAUAAUCAAUUUGAGUAAUUAUAACAACCAAUAAUUAUAUUUAAUAUAUGAUCAUCCAGCAUCGAUUAUCUUAACAAAGAAAAAUUAGAUUUUUUAUACGAGAUUGGUGGUUUAUUUUUUCAUUCAAGACAACUUAUUACUUUCAGUCCUCGAUUCAUAAUUAUAAUAUACUUAAAUUAACAGCUUGAAAAUGAAAACAAAGGCAAUGCAAAGACUAUUAACGAUUAGAAUCUUGUAGAAAAAAUGGCAUCGCGCAAAUUCCCAAUUGUAUAAUAUAAAUGAAUACCGCCAAAACAAAACUUUUGAAUGGCAUCUAAAAUUAAAUAAUCGAAAAGAGACGGCAAACAAAAAUUGCCAAAGUAAAAGUUCUCACAGAAAAGUAAUGAAUAAGAUAGUCAACUCGAAGCAUAAGAAAGCUGUCUGUGUUGGUAGCAGAAGCAUUUAACGAAAAGGAGAAAAGCGCAGGAAGCAAGGUGUCAAGCACGUGUGAAAGAGUGAGAGAAAGAAGCGCGAGAGCAAAAGCGAGCAAGCCAGGUACAUUGCUAUAGCCAGUAGUAGUAGUAGUAGUAGUAGUAGUAUGAUAUGUUGCAUCGAAGGAAGGGAAAACAAGCGAGGC